GGGACACUACUUUACAAAGUAGACAAAAAAUGUUUUUACAUAUGAAGUUUUUCAUUCUGUGCUUCUUAGGUCUUGUGUUUGGAGAAGUUAAUGCAGUGCGAUUUUACAAGUUUGAAGUGGUUAAUUCUGCACACACUAGGUUAUGCACCAAAAAGACAAUACUCACCGUAAACGGACAAUUCCCGGGACCAACAGUAUAUGCUAGGAGGGGAGAUCUUGUCACAUUCGAUAUUAUUAAUCGAUCCGAUCAAAAUAUAACCAUCCACUGGCAUGGAGUAAAAAUGCGGAGAUAUCCAUGGUCGGAUGGAACUGAUUAUGUGACACAAUGCCCGAUUCAACCUGGCAAAAGCUUUACCCAACGGAUGAUCCUCUCCGAUGAGGAAGGCACAUUGUGGUGGCAUGCUCAUAGCGCUUGGUCGAGAAAUUCUGUGCAUGGCGCCAUUGUCAUUCUACCUCCGGCAAGGGAGACUUAUCCUUUCCCCAAGCCUCAUGCUCAUGUUCCCAUCAUCAUUGGAGAGUGGUGGAAUUCUAUGAUUGAAAUUGUGUAUAAGGGAUUCCUCGUCGGCGGAACCGAUCCCCAAACUUCUAAUGCUUUCCUCAUCAAUGGCCAACCAGGCGACCUCUAUCCAUGCUCAAAACAAGAUACAUACAAGUUGCAAGUGGAAUCUGGGAAAAGGUACCUAAUCAAAUUAAUUAAUGGUGUGAUGGACAACAUCAUGUUCUUCAAAAUCGGCAACCACAACUUCACCGUCGUCGGCACUGACGGCGCCUACACGAAACCGCUACGUACUGAUUACGUAGCGAUUUCGCCUGGCCAAACCCUCGAUUUGCUUCUAGAAGCCAACCAGCCGCCAAGCCAUUACUACAUGGCUGCCAGAAUAUAUGCCACUGGCGGGGAAUUCGUGACCAUCCCCGCCACUGGAAUAAUCGAGUAUGUCGGAAACUACACGCCGCCUCCGUCACCACUGCUUCCAUCCUUCCCCCAAGUCAACGACUCGGCUGCAUCGAUCGGCUUCACAGACCAACUAAAAAGCCCAGGCAGCAACGUCGACGUUCCUAAGAAAGUGGACGAAACCUUCUUCUACACUCUUUCGGUGAACCAAUUUCCAUGUACUAAUCCCUCGUGCUCGGGGUCCACUAGGCUGCUCGCGAGCGUCAACAACGUGACACUCAUACUUCCGAAAACUGUCGACAUUCUCACAGCUUAUUACAGGGGAAUCAGGGGAAUUUACACCCCUGAUUUCCCUAACUUCCCGGCCUCCUUUUUCAACUACACGCAAGGUACGCCGUUGAAAGAGGAGAGUCGGUCUGAAUUCGGGACAGCGGUUCGUAUAUUGGAAUAUAACACGACGGUGGAAGUGGUGUUUCAAGGAACCAACCUCGGCGGAGGCGUUGAGCAUCCCAUGCAUUUACAUGGAUACAGCUUCUACGUGGUUGGGUCUGGGUUAGGGAACUAUGAUAGGAUCCGGGACCCGCCUAACUAUAAUCUUGUCGACCCGCCGUUGAUGGAGAACAUCGCGGUGCCAAUGAAUGGAUGGACCGCUAUAAGAUUUAAGGCUAACAAUCCAGGAGUAUGGUAUAUGCAUUGCCAUUUUGAGCGACACGUGAGUUGGGGAAUGGCAAUGGUGUUCGUUGUCAAGGACGGGGAGCGCCCCAACGAGAAGAUGCUGCCGCCUCCGCCUGAUAUGCCACGCUGCGGUGGCGAAGUCUCGUCUCCUCCUCUUGUAAUUGGUGAACCUGAUACCACAAUGGGGAAAAGAGAAGAUGCUGAAUGAUUGUUCACUUCAUUUAUAAGUUACUAGUAUAUGUUUAUUUGCUUUAUUUAGAUUUAUGUGAGUUUAUCAUAAGGACUUUACAUAAUAUAGGGGAUGAAUCCCCUACUGUGCCAAAAAACACAGCACAAGAUGUUGUGCAUAAUACGCAAGAUUUUGUGAACAAAACGCAGCCAUCUCUUUCUCUCUCUUCUUUCAAUAUUUUCAUUCUUUAUUUUA